AUGUUGAAACCUCAACAAAUUGUAAGAAUUUUUCAAAUUUUAAAUUGCUUGAAAAUUCAAAAUUUAACAAUUUUCAAAGUUUUAAUUUUUGUAAAGAAAGUUCUUGCCAUUUUUUGUUUUGUAAAGAAAGUUAUUGCCAUUUUUUGUUUUGUAAAGAAAGUCAUUGCCAUUUCUGUUUGUUUUAGAGGUCAUCUUUGCCAUUGGAGAUAUUAUUGUAUGUAAACUCAAAGCUCUCAAUCAUAUUUUUCUUUGGUUUUUUGGGUAUUCAUCUAUACAAAUGUAAGUUCACCCUUUUAAAUAUGUAUAUGUAAUACUUUUAACAUUGUAAAAAAGAUAUUUUAAAAUCUUUUACCGUAGGCAGUAUUAAGAAAUACAAAAUUUUAAAGUUUGGGCUGUUGUUCAGUAAAGGUAAUAAUUUUUAGCAACUUACUUACACUUGCCAAAACAUGCUGACAUUAGUGAAUUGAUCAUUCUAUUAUGCUUUGGCCCACUUGAAGCGCUACGGAUAUCUUGGGGUAAGUUUAUACUACAGUUUACAGUUUUAUAUGGCAGGUCAGCUUUCAUCGUAUAAGAUGUCAACUUUUUUCAAAAAUUGUCUUUAAAAUUGAAAAUAAAUCAAAAUUUUAUAUAAACGUACCUAUUAUAGACCUAGUAAACUAGUUUUACGCCAAAAUUUUAAAGUUGCACUGAUAAAACAUUUUUCAUCGUAUAACAUGUCACUUUAAAAAAAAACAGCGUUCGAAACCGAAAAAACGUAAAAUUUUCAAAAAAAUGUAAAGUAUACUUUUAAAACGUUAUAAAAAUUUUUCUCCACUUUACCACUCUAACAUAAAAUGACAUUACACUUAUUUCAGGUCGCCGAGGUAACCUAACAGAGACAACCGCCUUCAUAGCCUUCUCGCUGCUAUUGUCACUGGCUGUAAUCGCCAUUUGUGUGUACAUAGGCUUCUUCCAAAACUACAUUUUGCUAAUCGAACUUAUCCUAGCUUGUACUGAAAGUGGUUUUGUUAUUUUGGAAAUGUUAUGUUCUAUCGCGGCUGUCGCUUCGUUUUCGCGAAAUGUCGCUAGUGCACAGUAA